AUGUCUCACUCCAUUCAUUCGUUCAGUAAAAAGAGUGCCUGUGUCCUCUUCUUGGUUUUUCUGCUCAUUAUUACAUUCGCUGGCGCUUCUCCCGUAACGACAGGGGCCAAACUGUCUCGCAAUGGAUCGUUAACCAAACGGGUCAAGACAUCAUUCCCUUCAUUUCCCGAGGAUUACAAUGGUAGAAUUGAGAAGGGGAAGUGGCUCAAGGAACUUUUCCCACUCAAUAAUGACCAGGCUCAGGAGUACAACGGCGGAGCUUCUAUCAUCAGCCCAUUCAGGGAACCAGAAGAUAUGUUUGAGUGGGGAUGGACGCAGGAAAACGCACGCUGGCCCUUCAACCCGGCCAAGCAGUGGCCGCAAUUCAAAGACGACUUGGACGAAGCAUUUGCGGACCCUUAUUUUCCGGUCGACAGGGAGAAAGGAAUGGCCUAUAACGCAGUUCAUGACCGGAAGUUUCGGUUCACAGAUCUACGGGUGGGAGAGCCGACAGGAGGGCAUUAUACCAAUGUCGUAAACGCACCUUCAGGCGCUUUCAUCUUCGAUUCGAACUUCAGUCCCAAGUACACAAAGUCUGUAUAUAAGACAGGAGACGUCCCCGAUCUCGAUACUCUAUCUGACUUUGCUUACUUUCAAUGGUGGCUUGGCUGUGAGGCAAUGGGAAUUGAGAUGACCAACCUCAAGCUCAUCUUCCAAGCGCAUAUCGUCUAUGAAAAGACUUUCGAUAUUGUUCUACAAGCGUUACGCGAGGAGGGGCAUCAGAGUGUGCCUGGCUGGGACGAACGUAUUACAUUCCAAUUAGACUCAGACCCGGGGCUUGCAAUUCUGGGCAGCCCUAACGGCGCCUCAACAGCCUGGAUGCUUCUACAGCAUAAGUACAGACUGGGGUUGAAGGCUAUCAAGGAGGUAACCGUGUGGGGGUCCAAUGGAGGCUUCCUAUUGGAUGCACCUAUAAAGGAGACGAAGCUGAACUUGAGGUUUACAAUUGUAGAUGCUUAG